UUCUAGUGAAGUUAGAGUUUUGGGUUCUAAUAUUAUUUUAGGUUCUAGUAGAAUUAGGGUUUUGGGUUCUGUAAUUUCAGGUUCUAGUAGAGUUAGAGUUUUGGGUUCUGUAAUUUCAAGUUCUAGUAGAGUUAGGGUUUUAGAUUCUAAUGUGUUUUCAGAUUCUA